CAAUCAGAUUGUUGUGUUGCUGCCGGCAAUUGUAUUUUUUGUUGUAAGUCAUCCCCAUCAAUGAGCGAGGACACAGUGUCUAUAAUUGUCACUGUGCUCAAUGGCGAAAAGUGGGUUGACAAUUGUUUUCGGUCGAUACUCCGACAAUGCACAGCUGUUCAUGUGCAAAAGCAGCAACAACAAUCAAAACAAAUGCAGUCAGCACAACACAAGUGGGAGGACGGCAAUGGGUUGUUGGAACAUGUGACAUCACAGCCCGAAACAGAGGAAGUGGAAAGCAAGCAAAAGUUUCAAAUUGAGGUUUGUGUCUUCGAUGAUUGCAGUACGGAUGGCACAAGAGAAAUGUUGACAAUUUGGCAACGCAAAUUUCGUAGACAACGGAUACGGAUGUUUAUAGUGCGAAAUGAAAGUGAAAAGCCCAAAGGAGUGGGUUAUGGCCGCAAUCGCGCUAUAGAGCUGGCGAGCGGUGCCUACUUGUGCUUUCUAGAUAUCGACGAUGAAAUGCUGCCAACGCGUAUACAACAACAAUAUUUGCUGGCGCGCGCCAAUAAGGAUGCCCUCAUUGGCUGCAAGUUCGUGCGCACGCCGCCGAAUUCCACCUGUCGCUUCACGCGUUGGGCAAACGAAUUGGAUGCCACAAAACUGCCGUUACAGAUAUACACUGCCAAUGGACCGACGGUGAUUAUGCCCACUUGGCUAUGCCAUCGUCGCGUCUACGAACGCAUACCAGGUGGCUUUUGCGAACGCGGCCAUGGCACGCCCGAAGAUCUUAUCUUUUUCUAUGCGCAUCUCGAUCGCGGUGGACGCGUGCUGCGUAUCAAUGAAUGCCUGCUGCUCUAUCGUUAUCAUGCGGCGGCAACCACAUUCUCAAUUGUUGCCGAAACUAUUUGGCAAUUGCGUAUGCAACAUUUGCUCACGCAUGUGUUGUGUUGCGAGCCGUGGUGCAGUGGUUUCACCAUAUGGAAUGCGGGUAAACGUGGACGUAAGUUUUUUCGCGAGCUGCCACAAGCGUUCAAGUGCAAAGUGCGUGCCUUCUGUGAUGUGGAUGAGAAGAAAAUUAACAAAUCUUACAAUCAUUACGACGUGAAGACGCACCGUUUCACGCACGUAGUGCCCAUCGUGCAUUUCACUCAUGCGCGUCCGCCGCUGCUUAUUUGUAUGAAAUUAGAUCUCACCAAUGGUGCUUUUGAAGCGAAUUUAAAUAGUUUAAAUUUAUGCGAAGGACGUGAUUACAUAUUAUUCACGUGAAUUGUG